CGACGCGUUCGGCGCCGGCUGCGCGCCCCAGCCCGCCAAGUCCGAGCUGCUGGUACUUCCGCGGAGACACGUGAGCCGAGAGGCGCGGGGACGCUGCGGUUGGCUCUUCGUCUAGACACUGAGGCCUAGAGCAGUCGAACAGAACAACCUUUUGUGCCAUUACCACACGCCAGCAUCACUUACUGGAGCGGCUGAGACCCUGAGAUGUGCAAAGGCGUUUUGUCACACGGACCCAAUCCUCUGUGCCCUCCUGAGAACACGCUGAUAUGCCCAAGAUAAUUCUGAAUGGUGUGACGGUGGACUUCCCUUUCCAGCCGUACAGAUGCCAGCAGGAAUACAUGACCAAGGUCCUGGAAUGUCUGCAGAAGAAGGUGAAUGGCAUUUUGGAGAGCCCCACAGGCACAGGCAAGACGCUGUGCCUCCUCUGUGCCACGCUGGCCUGGAGGGAGCACCUCCGAGACACCAUCUCUGCCCGCAAGAUUGCCGAGAGAGUGCAAGGGGAACUUUUCCAUGAUCAGGCUUUGUCAUCCUGGGGGAAUGCUGCUGCUGAUGGAGACCCCAUAGCUUGCUAUGCAGACAUUCCAAAGAUCAUUUACGCCUCCAGGACCCACUCGCAGCUCACGCAGGUCAUCAGCGAGCUUCGGAGCACCUCCUACCGGCCCAAGGUGUGUGUGCUGGGCUCCCGGGAGCAGCUGUGCAUCCACCCUGAGGUGAAGAAGCAGGGGAGCAACCACAUGCAGAUCCACCUGUGCCGCAAGAAGGUGGCGAGUCACUCCUGUCAUUUCUACAACAAUGUGGAGGAGAAAAGCCUGGAGCAGGAGCUGGCCACCCCCAUCCUGGACAUUGAGGACCUUGUCAAGAGCGGGAGCAAGCACAAAGUGUGCCCUUACUACCUUUCUCGGAACUUGAAGCAGCAAGCCGACAUCAUCUUUAUGCCGUACAAUUACUUGUUGGAUGCCAAGAGUCGCAGGGCACACAACAUUGACCUGAAGGGGAUGGUUGUGAUCUUUGACGAAGCUCACAACGUGGAGAAGAUGUGUGAGGAGUCGGCAUCCUUCGAUCUGACCCCCCAUGACAUGGCUUUGGGGCUGGAUGUCAUAGACCAGCUUUUGGAGGAGCAGACCAAGGUGGUGCAGCAGGGUGAGCCCUGCCCAGCGUUCAGUGCGGACUGCACCAGCUCAGGGCUGAACAUAGAGCCAGAAGACCUUGUGAAGCUGAAGAUGAUCCUGCUUCACCUGGAGGAGGCCAUUGAUGCUGUCGAGCUGCCCAGAGAGGACAGUGGCAUCACCAAGCCAGGGAGCUACAUCUUCGAGCUAUUUGCCAAAGCCCAGAUAACAUUUCAGACUAAGGGCUGCCUGCUGGACUCGCUGGACCAGAUCAUCCAGCACCUUGCGGGACGUGCUGGAGUGUUCACCAACACAGCUGGAUUGCAGAAGCUCGCAGACAUCAUCCAGAUCGUGUUCAGUGUGGACCCCGCCGGGGAUGGCCCCAGUUCUUUGGCAGGGCUGGGGGUCUCUCAGUCCUAUAAGGUGCAUAUUCACCCUGACACCAGUCCCCGUAGGACGGCUCAGCGGUCAGAUGUGUGGAGUGUCUCUGCAGCCAGAAAGCAAGGGAAGGUGCUCAGCUACUGGUGCCUCAGCCCCGGCCACAGCAUGCGCGAGCUGACCCGCCUGGGCGUCCGCACCCUCAUCCUUACCAGCGGUACACUGGCCCCUGUGUCCUCCUUCGCCCUGGAGAUGCAGAUCCCAUUCCCAGUCUGCCUGGAGAACCCACAUGUCAUCGACAAGCACCAGAUCUGGGUGGGGGUUGUCCCUAGAGGCCCCGACAGAGCUCAGCUGAGCUCUGCAUUUGACAAGCGGUUUUCCGAGGAGUGCUUGUCCUCCCUGGGGAAGGCUCUGGGCAACAUCGCCCGCGUGGUGCCCCAUGGGCUGCUGGUCUUCUUCCCUUCCUACCCUGUCAUGGAGAAGAGCCUGGAGUUCUGGCGGGCCCACGACCUGGCCAGGAGGCUGGAGGCACUGAAGCCGCUAUUUGUGGAGCCCAGAGGCAAAGGCAGCUUCUCAGAGGUCAUCGAUGAAUACUACAAGAGAGUGGUUUCCCCGGAGUCCAGCGGGGCCACCUUCCUGGCAGUGUGCCGGGGCAAGGCCAGCGAGGGGCUGGACUUCUCAGAUGCAAAUGGCCGCGGUGUGGUUGUCACGGGCCUUCCUUACCCACCCCGCAUGGACCCCCGGGUUGUCCUUAAAAUGCAAUUCCUGGACGAGAUGAAGGGCCAGAGCAGGGAUGGAGGCCAGUUCCUCUCUGGGCAGGAGUGGUACCGGCAGCAGGCGUCCAGGGCUGUGAACCAGGCCAUCGGGCGGGUGAUCCGGCACCGCCACGACUACGGGGCUGUCUUCCUCUGUGACCACAGGUUUGCCUACGCCGAUGCCAGAGCCCAGCUGCCCUCCUGGGUGCGUCCCUACGUCAAGGUGUAUGACAACUUUGGCCACGUCAUCCGAGAUGUGGCCCAGUUCUUCCGUGUCGCUCAGAAAACUAUGCCUGUGCCAGCCCCCCGGGCAGCAGCCCUGAGUCUGGGUGAGGGAGAAGGUGCUGUUGGGGUGGCCGCCUGUCCUGCCUCCCUCCUCUCCACCAGGAAAGCCAAGAGUCUGGACCUGCACAUCCCCAGCUUGAAGCAGAAGCCCUCAGGAUCACCAGCUGCCAGGGACUCCGAGAGCAGCCUGUGCGUGGAGUAUGAGCAGGAGCUGGUCCUCGCCCAGCGGAGGCCUGCAGGGCUACUGGCUGCCCUGGAGCACAGCGAGCAGCGGGCUGCGCGGCCUGGGGAUGAAGCCCGUCCGGGCGAGGAGGAGGUACACAGUUGCUCCACGCCGUCCUGCCAGAAUGAGAAGAGGCUGGUGGGUGAGCAGAGAGGAGGAAGGAAGAAGGUCAGGCUGGUGAGCUGCCCGGAGGAGCCAGCAGCCAGUGCACAGGAAGGCAGAGCCAAGCAGUUCAUGGUGGCUGUGAAGCAGGCGCUGAGCCAGGCCAGCUUCAGCACCUUCACCCGGGCCCUGCAGGACUACAAGGGCUCUGAUGACUUCGCGGCCCUGGUGGCAUGCCUCAGCCCCCUCUUUGCCGAGGACCCCAAGAAGCACAGCCUUCUCCGAGGCUUCUACCAGUUUGUGCGGCCCCACCACAAGCAGCAGUUUGAGGAGGUCUGCUUCCAGUUGACCGGCCAAGGCUGUGGUUACCAGCCUGAGCACAGCCUCCCCAACAGGCAGCGGGCAGAGCCAGGCCUGGACCCCCUCGGAAAGGAGCCUGACCCCAAGCUGACCUUGCCCAAGGGCACAGCCAGGCAGUUGGACCCCAGAGAACACCUGAACCAGGGUGGGCCCCACCUGUCCACUAGGCCACCCCUUGCAGGGGAUUCCAACAGCUGUCCACAAGUGGAGUCCGGAGCCUUUGGAGCAGAAAAGCAGAGCCAGCCUGCUGUGAGUGCCUACCUGGCGGACGCCCGCAGAGCCCUGGGGCCCAACGGCUGUGGCCAGCUUUUGGCUGCACUGACAGCCUACAAACAGGACGACAAUCUUGACAAGGUCCUGGCUGUGGUGGCUGCGCUGACCACUGCAAGGCCUGAAGACUUCCCCCUGCUGCAGAGGUUCAGGAUGUUCGUGCGUCAGCACCACAAGCAGCGCUUUCUGCAGACCUGCACAGACCUGACAGGUCUGCCCGCCCUGGGCACCGAGCUGCUAGGAUCCCGGGUGGAGAGCCCCACCAGACCUCCCAAGCUCACCUGCGGGGCUCCCCCACCAGGCCCAUUACAAUCACAGAGACCUGAGAAGACCCAGAGCAAGAUCUCAUCCUUUCUUAGACAGCAGCCAGCCAGGGGUGUAGGGGCCAGCAGUGCUGCUGCAGGGCCUAGCUGGCCCCUUGGGCCUCCCCAUGGGCAUGCACAGUCUAAGUGGGGUGAGUCUCAUGGUAGGGCUGCAAGGACUGUUGGGGGUGGGGGCACACCGAGCUGCAGUCUGGCGAGCUCACGUGGGCCCCUUGCAGCAGGCUUUGCGUGCCGGGGCUGUGGGGCGGAGGACACAGUGCCCUUCCAGUGCCCCUCCUGCGACUUCCACCGCUGCUGGGCCUGCUGGCGACGGCACCUCCAGGCCUCUAGGACGUGCCCAGCUUGCCAUGCCACCUCCAGGAAGCAGAGCCUCAAGCAGGUCUUCUGGCCAGAGCCCCAGUGAGCAUCUGUGGAGACACUCAAGACACUAUGAGGUCUGCAGAGGCUGAGGUUGCCCCUGACAUGGCUUGAACGCUUGCCUGUCCAGCCUGGUGUGGGUCAAGAGCCUACCCAACAGGGAGGCCAGAUGGUGCCCAGGCCCACCACAGGCCUCAUAUGGGCAGGGCCAUGGUUUGUCCCUGAAGCUGUAGUGGCAUCUGGGCCUGUUUGUGAGGAGCCAAAGCCACGUGGGGUCUGGGUUGGGUCUGUUAGAAGGUGCUUCCCCAGAACUUCCCCUGGCUGCCCCAGGGACAUCUUGGCAGAGCCCUCAGCCAGGAAGGAGGGGCCUGCCUGACCAGUGCACCUGUUUUCAGUCUGGUGAUGGGGUUCUAAUAAAGCUG